AUGACGGUUCAGACUCAACUGGUCAGUACCGACACCACCAGUACACAUCCUAAGGAUGGUAAGACUCACCUCAGUACCGACACCCCCAGUACACAUACUAAGGAUGGUAACACUCACCUCAGUACCGACACCACCAGUACACAUACUAAGGAUGGUAACACUCACCUCAGUACCGACACCACCAGUAAACAUACUAAGGAUGGUCUGACUCACCAAGUCAGUACCGACACCACCAGUACACAUACUAAGGAUGUCAGUACCGACACCACCAGUACACAUACUAAGGAUGGUCUGACUCACCAAGUCAGUACCGAGACCACCAGCUCGCAUACUAAGGAUGGUAAGACUCACCUCAGUACCGACACCACCAGCUCGCAUACUAAGGAUUGUCUGACUCACCUCAGUACCGACACCACCAGUACACAUACUAACGAUGGCCUGACUCACCUCAGUACCGACACCACCAGUACCCAUACUAACGAUGGUCUGACUCACCUCAGUACCGACCCCACCAGCUCGCAUACUAAGGAUUGUCUGACUCACCUCAGUACCGACACCCCCAGUACACAUACUAACGAUGGUCAGACUCACCUCAGUACCGACACCACCAGUACACAUACUAAGAAUGGUCUGACUCACCAAGUCAGUACCGACACCACCAGUACACAUACUAAGGAUGGUCUGACUCACCUGGUCAGUACCGACACCACCAGUACACAUACUAACGAUGGUCAGACUCACCUCAGUACCGACACCACCAGUACACAUACUAAGGAUGGUCUGACUCACGAAGUCAGUACCGAGACCACCAGCUCGCAUACUAAGGAUAGUAAGACUCACCUCAGUACCGACACCACCAGCUCGCAUACUAAGGAUUGUCUGACUCACCUCAGUACCGACACCCCCAGCUCGCAUACUAAGGAUUGUCUGACUCCCCUCAGUACCGACACCACCAGUACACAUACUAAUGACGGUUCAGACUCAACUGGUCAGUACCGACACCACCAGUACACAUAA